AUGUUGAAGAAUCUGCUGGUCCUUGCCCUGGCGACCGUCGCCGUUAGCCGCCCGGCUGAUGACGAUGAAACGUCCAGUGUCACUGAUGAUGAGAUGGGCCCCGCGGCCUUCAUGUGGCCGACGGAUCGUGUCUGGUCUGGAGACAUGGACAACAAGGGUCCUUGUGGUUCCAGCGCCAGUGCUGGCAACCGAACCGAGUUUCCUCUGACCGGUGGUGCCCUUUCGCUUGUGGCCCAGGAUGACUACUACAACGCAAAGAUCAGUAUCUCCUACUCUGAAAAUCCCCAGUCUAACGACGAUUUCACCACCCUGAUCGAGGAGAAGAGCAUUUCUGAUCUCAACCCCGGCCACACCUGCGUCGACACUGGUGACUUUUCUGGAUCCGCUUCGUCCGGCGGCAAGGCGACGUUCCAAAUCAUCUACAAGGCUGACUGGGACGCUCCUCACAACCAAACCUUCUAUGCGUGUGCCGACAUCACCUUUGUGGAGGAAUCCGCCUUUAGCUUCUCGAUCCCUUGCUUCAACGCCACUGAGCCUGGUCAGGAUGACAAGGCGGCUGGUGCAACGGCGAACCCGACUGCAACCGCCACCUGGAGGGCAGACUCCGACAGCUCCAGCGACUCCGAUAGCUCCAGCUCCACCAAGGGCUCAAACAAACUUGGCGGUGGUGCCAUCGCCGGUAUCGUCGUUGGAUCUGUUGCCGGUGUUGGCUUGAUCCUGGUUGGAGCCUUCUUCCUUUGGCGUCGCCGCCAGCAGAAGCAGCGCACUGCGCGUAUCGCUCGCAUGGAGAACAACGCUCGCGACCACGAAUUCGCCACCAACAAGAACUCUAGUUCGCAGAACAGUGUUCAGCUUAGGGAUAUGCCGUGA